UCUCCUCCUCCAUUUAUACCUCUUUUCAACCCGUCUCUUUCGCACAAACCACCUUUCUUCUUCUUCUUCUUCUUCUUUCUCAAUUUCUCUCAAUCUCUCUCUUUUUUUUUCCUUGAUUAAAGAAGAUGAUAGAUUCAGUUAUGGAGCUUGUCAACAAGACUACUUCCAAUUCUUUAUUCAUGUUCCUUUUCUGCAACUUCAUCAUCAUCUUGAUCCUCAUGGGCAACUAUAAACCGGGUUCUCAAGACAAAUCAAAUCCCGGUUCCCUGAUGUUCUCUGACUCGGUUCUCUCUUCCAAGCCCGGUUUUGAAAAUUUCAUGUUGAAAUCUGAGUUGAAUGUGUCUCCCAAACCCGGUAUUGAAACACCGGUUCUCUCUUCCAAGCCCGGUUUUGAAAAUUCCGUGUUGAAAUCUGAGUCGAAUGUCUCUCCCAAACCCGGUUAUGAGAAAUCCGGUUUGAUCUCUGGGCCGGUUCCCUCUUACAAACCCAGUUUUCAAAUAUCCGUUUUGGUACCUAAGUCGAAUCUUAUCUCUAAGCCCGGUUUACAAGAGCCAGGGCUGAUACCUAAGUCAACUCUUUCCUCCAAACCAGCCGGUUCUGAGCAAUCGUUAACGUCAAAACCCGGUUUAGGUUUAUCGGAGAAGGACGAGAAAGGGAGCUUAGUAGUAGAAGAAGAGAAUGAGAGCGAAAUGGAGGUUGUGCUUCGAAGACGAGUUGAAGAAUUUAUUCGUAAAGUUAAUACUCAAUGGAAAUCAGAGAACACUAAGACUAAUUAUCUCUUACAUUAAUCAGUGUUUUUGUUUAUACUUAAUGAGAAAAAAAAAAGAUAUGCUCUACAUACUGAAAGGGGAAAAAGCUUAAGUAAGUCCAUAUUAAUGACUAAGUAAAGACAUAGAGUAAUUGUAAUUCCCUUCUUAUAAAUUAAGUUAGCUAACCUUUUAUCGAAA